AUGGCCAGAUACCGAGUCGUAGUCCUGUCCAACCAAGCAGGGCUUGUACUACACCCACAUCCGAAAGCAAAGGGCCCCAAGUCAACCAAAGACCGAGUAUCUUCGUUCAAGCAGAAGGUCAACGCCGUCCUAACACAACUCGAUAUACCCACCACGGUAUACGCAGCGACAGAGAAGGACAUCUACAGGAAACCUCGGCCGGGCAUGUGGAAAGAACUUUGCGAAGACUACGAUAUCAGCGACGAAGUCGACCUGGAGCAAAGCGUCUUCGUUGGCGAUGCAGGCGGACGGAUAGCGACGGUGAAGUCUGCCGGUAAGAACGGCUCCGCCACAGCAAAGGACUUCAGCUGCUCAGAUCGAAAUCUGGCCCACAACAUCGGCAUCGACUACAAGACUCCAGAGGAAUUCUUUCUUGGCGAGGAACCGCGCGAUUUCGUCCGGGAAUUCGACGUGAUACACUACUCUUACCCAGAAGAAUCAAAGACCAGCACAUCAGACGUCCUAUUCGAGAAGAAGAACAAGCAGGACAUUGUUAUCUGCUGUGGGCCACCGGGCGCCGGCAAGAGCACAUUUUUCUGGAAUCACCUGAAGCCGUUGGGUUAUGAACGGAUCAAUCAAGACAUUCUCAAAACACGUGACAAGUGUGUUCAAGCGGCCAAGGAGUUCUUGAGCGCCGGCCAGUCUGUCGCAAUAGACAAUACGAACGCCGAUCCUGAUACAAGAGCUGUGUGGGUUCAGCUUGCUGAGAAACAACAGGUUCCCAUUCGAUGUGUGUGGCUGAAGACGCCAUUGAACGUCUGCGAGCACAAUAACGCCGUGCGGUCUAUGAAUGCAUCACUCAAUCCCGAAUCCAGGGUGGCCUUGCCUAAGAUGGCCUUCAACGGCUUCAAGUCGAGAUUCAAGGAGCCCAAACAGAAGGAAGGGUUUCAGGAUAUCACAGAGAUCGAGUUUGCCUUCCGAGGCAGCAAGGAGGAGCAUGAUGUGUGGGCGAGAUACUGGCUAUGA